GGUUUGUUUCUCUUAGUCUUCGCGGUUAACGUAAACUGAACCGUGUUUUUGUCUUUCGAAGAAAACGAUGGUAAAUGUUGCUUGCUUCACGGACCCUCUGUCUUGUUGACCUCUAAUGUGAAUAUUCCUCAUCAUAUGCCAUUCCAUUCAUUUAACAGUUAAUGCACCCUUAUCAAUUUACCUUAUACCAGUACUUAUCAUUAUAAAGAUCAGAGAGUGCAUUGGAAUAAUAAAUACGCGAGUGUUGCGACCCUGGAUCACUAGAAUCACGGGUUUUGAGCAAAAUGGGUGUUGUGGAGGGUCUCUUGGCAUUGGGUUUGAUUCUGAAUGUGUGUGUUGUGUGCAAUGGAGGCACAAGCAGCCCCUUCGUCAGGAAAGUUGAGAAGGCUGUAGAUAUGCCACUUGACAGCGAUGUCUUUGCUAUUCCUCCUGGUUAUAAUGCCCCCCAGCAGGUUCAUAUAACGCAAGGUGACCUAGUGGGGAAAGCAGUGAUCGUGUCAUGGGUGACUGUGGAUGAGCCGGGGUCGAGCGAAGUGCGUUACUGGAGUGAGAACAGUGACCAGAAGAAGAUAGUUGAAGGAAAACUUGUUACUUAUAGGUUCUUCAAUUACACAUCUGGUUUUAUUCAUCACACCACCAUCAGAAAUUUGGAGUACAACACCAAAUACUACUAUGAGGUUGGACUUGGGAACACAACACGGCAGUUUUGGUUUGUGACUCCUCCUGAAAUCGGUCCCGAUGUGCCAUAUACAUUUGGUCUCAUAGGGGAUCUUGGUCAGAGUUUUGAUUCAAAUAAAACUCUUUCUCACUAUGAAUUGAACCCAAGAAAAGGACAAACUGUACUAUUCGUUGGAGACCUCUCUUAUGCGGAUAACUACCCAAAUCAUGAUAACAUUAGGUGGGAUUCUUGGGGAAGGUUUACAGAAAGGAGUGUUGCUUAUCAACCAUGGAUAUGGACUGCAGGAAACCAUGAAAUUGAUUUUGCUCCAGAAAUUGGUGAAACUGUACCUUUCAAGCCUUAUACCCACCGUUACCAUGUUCCUUAUAAAGCAUCUCAAAGUACUUCACCCUUCUGGUAUUCUAUCAAGAGAGCUUCAGCACACAUCAUUGUUUUGGCCUCAUAUUCAGCGUAUGGAAAAUAUACACCACAAUAUAAAUGGCUUGAAAAGGAGCUACCGAAAGUUAACAGGACAGAGACUCCUUGGUUGAUUGUUCUCAUGCAUUCACCUUGGUAUAAUAGCUACAAUUAUCACUAUAUGGAAGGGGAAACAAUGAGAGUCAUGUAUGAGCCCUGGUUUGUGCAGUACAAGGUUGAUGUUGUGUUUGCUGGUCAUGUUCAUGCCUAUGAACGAUCUGAGCGUGUUUCCAAUGUUGCAUACAAUAUUGUAAAUGGUCUUUGUGCUCCUGUAAAUGAUAAAUCAGCUCCUGUAUAUAUAACCAUUGGGGAUGGAGGAAACCUUGAAGGUUUAGCAACCAACAUGACAGAACCACAGCCAAAGUAUUCUGCAUUCCGAGAGGCCAGCUUUGGACAUGCCAUUUUUGACAUAACGAACCGAACUCAUGCUCACUAUAGCUGGCACCGAAAUCAAGAUGGAGUUGCUGUGGAGGCCGAUUCCCUUUGGUUUUUCAACAGAUACUGGCACCCAGUUGAUGAUUCCACUGCUCAUGUUUCACAUUAACACAGAUUCACUUGUCUUAUGAGAAGAAUACCAAAUGUCAUGUCAAUAAAUUCAUGAGUCGACAAUUGAUUGUAUGUCAAUACUACCAACAUUGAUUAGCAGUAUCUUUAUAUCUCUGUCACAUUUGAUAAGUGCAAAUUGCUUGCUUCUAUUCUAAAACACCUUUCACUCGUAUCAUAACAUUUUAGGUGGCACUGCAUAAACACAAAAACAGCUCCUUCUCAAAUCCAUCAUCAAAUACGCGUCUCAACAUUUCUUCAGCACGGUAGCAUUUUGAUGCAGAAAAGAUAAAUCUUAGAGCUUUACCCUUUGCACCCCAUUGAUUGAAUAGUAAAGGACGGUUGAAAAUGGAAGCUGAUCACAAAAAAUUAUAGUUUUGUUUUUGUUUUGCCACCUUCCAUUGCCCUUAUUCCUUCUUAAAGUAUGUAUGAAUGUACAAGAGCUUAGGAGGAAUCUGGUGUUUUACUGUGAAUUUUGUUUUGAGAUACUUGUCAUAAAUAAAUUUGCAGAGUAAUUAUCGAA